AUUGUCUUCCAGUCACAGUUCACCGGUUGCUUUCCAACAAUUAACAGCUCCUCUUGGCCCGAUUGACGGAGUGAGCUUGUGGUAGCUUAAGAGAGAUAAAAAGACGUGUCGAGAAGUGUCCUGCAUUCAGUGUGGUGUCCUCCGAGAAACCGGAAGGUGUGCUUUUCUGUAAUCAAGAAGGAAUAGAAAAAAAAUGAAGCAAUUUGUCGUGUUGAUCGCCGUUUUGGCCGUUGCGGCUGCUGCCCCUUCGGAAACCGAUGGAUUAUUGUCCAGCGCGCUUAAGUUCGUCAAAGAUUGCGGCGACAAAUCGAUGGUGCUAUGUGUCAAGGAACGAGCUCUUCAGUAUGUGGACGGUGCCCAGGGCGAUAUCGAGAUCACCGAAGGAAUCAAACUGGUCGAGACCGAGAAACCAACUGCCCAGGGCCGCUCGCUGAACGAAGUCGAUCUGCCCGUGGACCCCGAGGCCCGCGAGUCGGAAAUUGACAGUCUGCUAGUGGACCGUGCUGCCCGCUUCCUCGGAUCACACACCCUGCAGUUCAAGGUGCCGAAGGAUUCCAUCGAAGACAUGCAGCGCUCUCUGGAUGAAGCCCGUGGCAAGAAGAAGAAGGUCAAGAAGCUGCUCCUGCCACUGUUGCUGCUGCUCAAACUGAAGGCCGCUGCCCUGCUCCCGUUGGCCAUCGGAUUCUUGGCCCUGAUCGCCUUCAAGGCUCUGAUCGUCGGUAAGAUCGCGUUGAUCCUGUCCGCCAUCAUCGGUCUGAAGAAACUGUUCGACAAGAAGCCCGAGCAGAGCUACGAGGUCGUCGCCCACCCGCACUACUCGCACUCUACCUCCUUCGACGAUCAUCACGGAUACGCACGCUCUCUGGAUGCCCAGAAUCUGGCCUACUCUGCUCACACCCAGUAAGCUUGCCAUAAUGCUGUGUAGCGAGAAUCAGUGCCCUUUCCCUGUCAUCAUCCCACUGUUUGCCAGAAACAUACAAUGAUCCCUUCUCUAUGACCCUUAGUCUUUCUCCAACAUGAUCCUUCUAGAGUGCGACUCACACUCUCGCGCAAUCACACUCUUGUGAUCCGGGCUGUUGUGAUGUCGGCAAGCUGCUAGUUAAGUAGGUUUCAAUUCUCGUCCAUCAUCCUUUUCUUACCUCCAAGUGAUUCCGUCGGGUGAGAUGCGACAGCGCACCUUCUCCCAUGUUUCCACUGAGAACCACCCGAACAUCCACAAAAAACACUCAGCUAGAUUAAUUUAAUUUAUUUGCAAUGAAAAGAAAAGGCGUAUUUAAUAAUUUAUUUGCUCGAGAAUAUUUAUUUAGAUUAUUUGUUUUUAAAAGUAGUUUUUUCUUUUCUCUUGAACUGUUCUCAUCUAUUCUAAUCUAACACUGUCGCUGUGACUCUUCUCCUAAAAUCUAUGCAUGUGACAUGUUUUCCUGAAUUUUUCAAUGCCAAAUAAUGCUCACUAGAAAAUCACGAUUACGGAUUAAAAGGCCUAGAAGAUGUACAGACGAUGCCAGUCUUUGAGAACACCUAGAAAAAAGAAAUAUCAAAGUGAAAAUACGUAAAGUUCAAAAUAGUUGUAGCCCGGACUGAAACACAUCCGCGCAGUAAUGUCAGUAAUCUGAGAUCUAGCUUUAGCCAAUAGCCAAUAAUAAUGGGUCAUUUAAAGAAACGAAGAAAAAGAAGCCAAAAAAUUAAGCCCCCCAGCACGUAUCGAUAGCCUCCUCCAGACACAAGACUGUACAGACGCUGACUGACCUCGGAACGGGGCUGCGUCCCUCUAUUUUUGGUUGCUCCAAAAAUUGGAAAGUGUGCCGGCGCCAAACACCAGCAUCGGUAAUUACACGUUGCACCUUGCAUCCGCCGUGUUUUCGGCAACGGUCGAGUCCACAUCCACAUGGAACCCGUUCCGCAUACUCGAGAGGGGUCGCACCGUGGCAAUCUUACCGAUCUUUGCUGUUGAGGGGCACUUGACCUGGAGGUGCCCACACCCGAUGGACUGAUUAUGCAAAGCACUCGUGAAACGUAAAAGUUUAUAUUAAACUGUAGUAAAGUGACUUCUCUUGCACUGAAAUAUGAAUCCUCUCUCGUCUAAAUAACUCUUUAGUAUGCGCCCAGGUGCUCCAAACUUUUACCAAAACACUCAUACUCAAGAUGAAAUAAACUUUCUCUACCUCGGAUCUCCUAAAGAACCGCGUGCCUCGGCACGCGCUAAUGCGGUAUUAGUAUUUCAAUUUUUCAUUUAAAUGCGCAAAUAACUGAAUUCUUCAUUCUACCAUUCUGCUCAAAGCAACCAAAUCUUCCGCGCUCUCACGCCUCUCUCAUAUGUCUCCGCAGCGCGUCCCUCGAAACCCCGCGCGACUCGUAAGAAAAAUGCUAACACAAUCUUAAAAACAAAUAACUAUUUGCAAAAAUCUUGUAAGAAUGAUCUGUUCUGUUAUUUAUUGUUUAAAUUAUUGAAUGAAAAGAAAAAACACAAUCAAUUCACACGAAGAAAAAAAUGAAAUAAAAUUGAAAAUUAAAAACA